CUGCUGCUUUUGCCGCAUCGUCAGCUGCGGAACCUUCGCCCGGCUCCUGGGCCCCCUCGGAGGCUGCUAUGCUGUGGGCUCUCUCGGACUCUCCGGAAGGCUCCGCUCCUGCACUUUUCGCCGCGCGCCCUCUCCUCCAUGACUACCCCGGGAGCAGCCGCCCUGGGGAGGGUCAUGCCCUCCGGGUCUCCUGAGCUCGCUGCCUUGGCGGCCGGCUCCUCCUCCUCCGCUGCCGCCUUCUUGAAUGGGGCCGGGGGGCUCCUCGAGGCCCCGGCUGCGCUGCGCGCCCAGAGCACGGCGGGGAGCCCGGCGGUCGCCUUGAACACCGAAGUUCCCCUCAACAGAGUCCCUCUUUCCGUCGCCCAGCAGCCCCGGGCGGCGUCUGCUCCCGCGGCGGGCAAAGGGGCGCCUCCGGCUCAGCAGCUCCCAAAGAUGCCCGGUGCGGGGACCAGGCUGCCGACCCCGCAGCCCGGAGCCCCCAAAGCCCCGCAGACGGUGACAAUACAGCUACCUGCUAACGUCCAGAUCCCGCCGGGAACGGUUCUUGUCAGAAGCAGCACUGGACAACUGAUGCUGGUGUCCCAACAAGCACUUGCUCAAGUGCAAAGCCAGUCCCUAAAGAACCCAAUUGUACGGCAGUCAUUGCCUGUAAAUGCACCCACAGUCAAAGUACAGACUGUACAGAAUUCUGGAACUCAAGUACUGAAAGUAUCAGCUGAUCCUCAUACAACAGUGACUUGGACAACUCCUCCUGUUAAUUCUAAUGUUAAGAAGCCUGCUGUAAUCCAGUCAAUAGCAUCAACAAACAAUAGCAGCACCACAGUUGCGGCUGCAAAGUCUUUGAUGACCGGAUCAUUGGCAAAGCCUCCUAUUUCUGAUUCUUCUGCGCUCUCUCUUGCUCCAAAGCCAGUCCCUGACACAGAAAGAAGGACAGUAGCACAAGCCAGCACCUCUAAAGAAAUGCUGGAAAAUGUGAAAAAGUGCAAAAACUUCCUAGCAACACUAAUAAAACUGGCAUCCAGUGGGCCUCAAGCACCUGAAAUGGGGCAGAAUGUGAAGAACCUGGUACAAAGUCUGUUGGAAGCCAAAAUGGAACCUGAAGAAUUUACUAGAAAACUGUACAUUGAGCUAAAGUCUUCCCCUCAGCCCUAUCUUCUCCCUUUUCUUAAGAAAAGUAUGCUUGCCUUACGGCAAUUAAUGCCUAACCCACAGGCUUUUAUACAGCAGUGUCUUCAACAAUCGGGACCACAAACAGCUCCUCCUAUUUGUAGCACAGCAUCAUCCACUUCUUUGGUACUUGCUGCCAACACUCCUGUGACUGCGACCUCUCUUAAAAUUCCGGCGGGGAUACCCUCCCAACAGACUUCAGGCCCAGUCCUCUGUACAUCAGGGGUGACAAGAGGAUCUGGUUCUCUUCAGCUUGUUCGGACCACUCCUGCUUUGUCAGGGACACUCUCCCUUCAAGGUGCCAGCCCCGUUCCCUCCACUAAACCAACUACAGGAAUAAAUACUGUGAGAGCUGUACACCCAGUCUCCUCCACUGCAAUGGUGGCAACUGGUACCACUUCUCUCCAGGUUGUGAAACCAGUCCGUACCCCUGUAAUGUCGUCUUCACCUGCAUUUGCUGCUCUUAGUUCUGCAAAGUCAGUCUCUUCUGCUGCAGCAACAUCUCUACAAGCUCUAAAGCCAACCUUGACUACUGCUGCAGCAACUGCUACAACAGCAGUAACUGCGUCUCUCCAGUCCUUAAUGCCAGUUGCUGGGAAACCGAUCACUAUCAGAGUUGCCCAUCCCAAUUCUGUCCUUUGCCAUUCAGCUCAGACAUCACAGGCUGUAAAGGUAAAGCAGCUGAUAGUCCAGCAGCCUUCAGGAAGUAUCUUGAAAAAAGUGGUCACACUCGAACAGGCUUCACUCCAUGCUGUGAACAAAUCAGGUGAAAAAGUGCCAUUAAACACUUUGAUCCAGUCUAGCCAGUUUCCUGCAGGUUCCAUUGUGAAACAAAUUACCCUGCCAGGAAACAAAAUUCUGUCGCUUCAAGCAUCUCCUGUUCAGAGAAAUAAAAUAAGGGAGAACGGAACAAAAUCCUUCAGAGAUGAAGAUGACAUCAACGAUGUGACUUCUAUGGCUGGGGUCAACUUGAGUGAAGAGAGUGCAUGCGUAUUCGGAUCAAAAUCUCACGCAAUCGGCGCAAUUAUCCGGUCUUGUCCAGAAGAACUCUUCCUUCCUUCAGAUGCACUGCAGAACAAAAUCUUAGAAAUAGGUAAAAGCCAUGACAUUACGGAAGUUAAUUCAGAUGUUCUGAACUUGAUCUCCCAUGCUACACAAGAGAGAUUAAGAGGGCUUCUGGAGAAACUAACUGUAAUUGCUCAGCAUCGUACGAUGACCUAUAAGGGGAAUGACAAGUACACAAUGACUAGUGAUACAAGGGCCCAGCUUAGGUUUCUUGAGCAGUUGGACCAGAUCGAGAAGCAGAGGAAGGAUGAAGAAGAAAGAGAGAUGCUGCUCCGGGCAGCCAAGAGCCGUACCAAUAAAGAAGAUCCCGAGCAGCUGCGAUUAAAGCAGAAAGCAAAAGAGUUGCAGCAAUUAGAACUUGCACAAAUGCAGCAAAUGGAGGCUAACCAUACAGCUCUGGCAGCCAUUGGGCCAAGAAAAAAGAGGCCACUGGAUUCAUCUGGACUGGAGGGCUUAAACAGAUCACCCAGCCUUGCAAAACCAAAUCUUCAUCCACGAAUAACACGCAUCUGCCUCAGGGACUUGAUAUUCUGUAUGGAACAAGAAAAAGAGCUGAAGCGCUCUCUAGCCUUGUACCAAGCUCUUCUGGAGUAACGGCUAGGCGGUUUGCGUUUUGGCUUGCCAGCAUUUGUUGCCAAAGAACACCUGUUUGCACUAUCUUGAAGCCUUGGUUUACAGUGAUCACCU